UAUUCUUAUUCUCAUCUGUUUUCUAAAAGUUCACCCUGUUCUUCCACUGCCCCCCCACACCUCUUUUUCUCUUAAUAAGUUACUGUUUAAUUUUCCUGCUGUGAUAAAGAUUAUAAACACUAAAUUGAGAGUAGUGCCCGGUCUUUUACGUUCCCCUGACAUUUUGAAUCAUGCCACAAAGCCUGCGCAAGCUGAGUGUGAGCUGUGCUGCGUUCAGGGGAUGCCUGGAGGCAGUCGGCCAGUGUCUGUGGAGCUACCGUAAAUACCUGCUCAUCAUCCUCACCCCCCUCCUUGCUCUUCUCCUGCCCUUGCUCAUCCCUACCAAGGAGGCAAAAUGUGGCUUCGUCAUCAUUGUGAUGGCACUGUACUGGUGCACAGAGUGCAUGCCUCUGUCUGUCACUGCCUUGCUGCCAGUCAUACUUUUCCCUAUGCUGGGCAUCAUGGAAUCCGGGGAGGUCUGUGUGCAGUACUUGAAUGACUCCAACAUGCUGUUCAUUGGUGGUUUGCUGGUGGCAAUAGCUGUGGAGUACUGGAAUUUACACAAGCGUAUCGCCAUGGCAGUCUUGAUGGUAGUGGGAGUUCGACCUGCCCUGCUGAUGAUGGGGUUCAUGUCGGUAACAGCCUUCCUCUCAAUGUGGAUCAGUAACACGGCCAGCACCGCAAUGAUGCUGCCCAUAGCCCAGGCUGUGCUAGAGCAGCUCACCAGUACCGAGGCCGAGCAGGAUGAGAGGGAAGUGAGAAAGGGCCAAGAUAACAAAGCUUUCGAGAUGGUGGAUGUCAUCAACACCAAACUGCCCCUGGAAAACAUUAUCAAGGCGAAAACAGGUGGGAUCUCCGAUGCAGCGCAUGGAAUUGACCUUGACUUGGAGAACAGGAAGAAGGCUCGUGAGCAGAAGUACCUCCUGCUAAAUAAAGGGAUGAGCUUGAGUGUGUGCUACUCUGCUAGCAUUGGGGGCACUGCCACACUUACGGGCACCACGCCCAACCUCAUCCUCAAGGGCCAGAUGGACCACAUCUUCCCAAAUAACAGUGGCGUGAUCAACUUUGCCAGCUGGUUUGGCUUUUCCUUCCCAAACAUGUUGCUGAUGCUUCUCCUGUCCUGGAUGUGGCUGCAGUGCAUGUUUUUGGGCUUUAACUUCAAGAAAUCAUUUGGCUGCGGCUCAUACACCGAAGGGGACCAUGAGGCUUACAAAGUGAUAAAAGAUGAAUAUAAGAAGCUGGGCAGGAUGAAGUUUGCUGAAGGUGCAGUGCUCACCAUUUUUGUGAUACUGGUGGUCUUGUGGUUCACCAGGGAUCCAGGCUUCAUGCCAGGUUGGGCAGCUUACUUUAACAAGGAUGGAGAGUUCGUGACUGAUGGCACAGUGGCCAUUCUCAUGGCAACUCUGUUCUUCAUCAUCCCUUCCCAGCUGUCACGUAGCUCCUCCUGCAGUGAUGAGGAGGAGGAAGGUUAUGGGCAGGAAGAAACAGGUGAAGGAGAAGAGAAUGCGACAAUGCCAGCCCCAAGAAAACUGAAGUCACCCCCAGCUCUGCUUGUCUGGUCGGUGGUGCACGAGCGCAUGCCCUGGAACAUCAUUCUGCUCCUGGGCGGUGGAUUUGCUUUGGCUAGCGGCAGUAAGGUGUCUGGACUAUCAAUAUGGCUGGGUGAGAGUCUUGCCCCCUUGAAGACCAUCCCACCCUUUUCCAUCUCCUUGCUGCUCUGCCUGUUGGUGAGCACUUUCACUGAGUGCUCCAGCAACACAGCCACUACUACCCUCUUCCUACCCAUACUUGCCUCUAUGGCCACUGCUAUUGAGCUCCACCCACUGUAUGUCAUGCUGCCCUGCACUAUCAGUGCCUCCAUGGCCUUCAUGCUUCCUGUGGCCACUCCACCCAAUGCCAUUGCAUUCUCCUAUGGGACACUUAAAGUUCUGGACAUGGCGAAGGCUGGCUUCAUACUAAACAUGAUCAGCAUCCUGUGCAUCAACUUGGGAAUUAACACGUGGGGAAUGGCAAUGUUCCACCUAGAUACCUUCCCCUCGUGGGCCAAUGUCACCCACAUGAAACCAUGAGCGAGUGCAUCCCACAUACUUCGGAAUAAGUGAGGCAGCAAUGACGAGAGAGGACAGAGUAAAAUGAUCAAAUUUAUGCUGCCUCAAGGAGGGAGUCUUUCUGAAAGCUCAACCUUUAUAUUUAUAUUUAUUUAUUUUCUCUUGUACUCUACCUUAAGUAAACAUUCAGAGGUAAAGUUCUGAAUCAUUUUAAAGUGCUUAUUGAAUGCCAGCCUCCAAAAGCUCUUCAAGGAAGAUCUUUACUUUUACAAUCGAUGCCAACACAACAAGCCAUCACUUUGCUCCAAGAAAAGCUAGAGUCCAUGUGGAUCUGUGUGGUCACAUACUUACUCAAAUGUAAGCCCAGUUGCUGCUUUACAGCUAGUUCUCCAGAGCCUUUUUGGCAGUGGCACCUGGCAGGAAGAUCAUUAGUUACUCUGUAGUUGUCAGAGGAGGCAUGUGAUGCCUCUUGAUUUCCGUAAAGUCAUACGAUAGCGUGAGAGAGAAGACACAUACCAUCUCACAAUAAAAUGGCACAAAUGUUGCUUAAAUCCUUAUGAAAAUUUAAAAAAACAAACAAAACAUGCUUCUCGAAUUCAAAUCAAUACUCUACUGUGGUAGACAAAUAGCUACAUUUUCACUAUGCAUUUUCAUAGGAAAAUAUAAUGAAAAUUU